UAAUUUUCUCCCGUCGGCCGGCGAUCAAGCUGCUUCAACUUCAGCUAGGUUUUUCAUCAGCUAAAAUAAAAGGUUUAGCUAGGUUUGCGCUCGUACGUGCGCCUGGUCGGCCGGGUGGUUCUGCUCUAUAGGUUUCCCGUCAAGAACCGUCGUUAGGUUUACAAGCCUUGUGCCACCGCCAAGGCCGUCCACCAUCAGUUCGUCCACCAUGUUGUCGCCGAGUUCUGAUCCUCCCAUGGAUGUCCAAAAAGACGCUGCCUUGCCGGCGGCGACAAAGGAGGAGGACCUUUCCUGCUGUACCGCGGCGUCGCUGAAAGUGUUCAUGGUGCUGUAUUCGCUGUAUAUGGUUGGCCUGAUCAUAUGGAUGUUCAAGGUUUGCGAAAACUGGUGGCAGGCAUGGCCGGCCGUUUUUCUCGUGUUAGUCUGGGUAUUGGUACUCCUGGUGCUUGCCGAGCAACAUGCCAAAGUAACAUUGUCCGAGAGUUCUGAUCAUUGCCUGGACCUCGAGAAAGGCGCUGGGCCAGCGCUGACCAAGGAGGAGGAGCUGGCCAAGGUGAACUCUGGCAUUGCCAAGGGUAUCAUGGUGGUUCUGGAUGUGAUGAUGGUGUUUUAUUCGCUGUUUAUGAUUGGCCUGAUGAUCUAUAUGGUCAAGGUUUCCACCAACAACUUGUGGGACGCAUGGUCAGGUGUUGUUAUCGUGUUGCCAAUCUGGGUAUUGUCACUCUAUAUGCAUUUCCAACAACGUGCCAAGAAGCGUGCGCUGCUAAGCAAUGGCAGUAAUCUUAGUACCAAACUGCUGGAGUCUACGAAAUAAGCCAAUGAGUGAAGUGAAUAUGGGGCACCGUUUUGUUAAUACCUGAAGUAUGAUAUCUGUAUUUAAUCUAGUUCUUGAGCUUUUUGUAAACCCUCCGGAUAAAUGGAUGUACAAGACUGGUGUGAAUUUUGUUUUGCGUGAUUAUAUUAAGUGUGUUACUUAA